ACCCCACAUCUUUGGAUUUUAUCAAAACUUUCGCUAACUUCCCUUGGAGGAGAAAACCGCCCUGUGCUGCAGAUGCAAGUUCAGUUAACAACAACCACAGCAACAGAAGGGAAACCUUGAUUUGUAACCCUCCCCUGAAGCAGGCCUUCUGACACAAUGGUCCCCAGUUCUCUUCCAGCCCAGAAUCUUUACUGGGAGAUGGCAGGCUCCUAUCCAUUUCUACAUGCUCCCAAACCUCCAGGAUUCGGAAAUUCGGGGAAGAGUUUUCUUAUUGACAAUCUGCUGAAGGCUGGGGAUUCGCAGGACACUUCAGCCCUCUGGGUCCCUGUGAGUCCCGUGCCAGUUAAACUGUGUCCAACUGCGGAACAAAUCAGCCCCUCAGGAGGUCCAUUUAGUACAAGGUGGGGUUUUCAACUUGUUAACCCCUCAGACAGACAGCGUGCCCAGUCUCCAAACAGGGAAUUGAUCCUGCAGCCUCAACCAGUUUUCUUGAAGAAUGUCUUUCCAAGGGCUCCACAGUUUCUUGUGGCCUGCUGUGGUGGGUCCUGUCCUCUCCCUGCCCCCCCUACUGCUUUUUCAAAAGGCAGCAACAGCUUCGCACGAUGGCCCCAAGAAGUGAAUACCAAGUCCAGGAGAGGGAUUCUAAAAAGAGCUGUCUUUUCAGAGGAACAGAGAAAAGACCUGGAGAAAACCUUUCACAAGCAGAAAUACAUCAGCAAAACAGAUAGAAACAAGCUUGCAGAACACCUUGGACUGAAGGAGUCACAGGUGAAGAUCUGGUUCCAGAACCGAAGGAUGAAGUGGAGAAACUCUAAAGAAAAAGAGACCUUCUGCCAUAAAUCCCAUGAAGAAGAAGAAGACAAUUUGCUGGAGAGUGAAUUACUGAAUGAAUACACCAUUUCUGCAACACCACCCGCGGAAGCUGAAGAGUCACAAAUCACAGUCCAUUGCACCAAAGGGAACUCGUUUGCAUUCCAAAAAGGACUCCAGCAAGGACGCGACUCUGAAAACAGCCAUCAGAGAAAGAGUUCUGUUUAUCCCUGCUCUACAUCAGGACAUGAACAUCCCACCAUCUAAUUAAACCUGACAGGAACGAGAAUGUCUUUCUAAAGCACUUCAUUCAAUCAAAAAGGAAACCUAACUAAUAAACAUUUUACACAUGAAGACAGAUUUUACUAUGUUAACUCUCCCUUUACUUCAGCUUAACAUUUCAAGAAAGAUAUUGUUUCAAGAUAAGGAACAGUGUGGUAAUUCACUGUGAUGUUAUCUUCUUUUUUUUUAUUCUUUGAAAUGUAAAGCUUUGGGUAUAGCUCUUUACUGACCUCUACUGGUAGACUUGAAAAAAAGAUUGUAAAGGUUUUUGUUGUGAACAAGGCUCUGAGACCACAGUAUAUAUAUAUUUUUUAGUGUUCUUCUUUGCCUUGUAGGUAAGCCAUUGUGCAAUAAAUCAAUAAAACAAUAACAAUAUAAUAAAAGAGUUGUCAGUUCUGUUUAAAGUUACGUACAUUUCAGCAAAUCAGCAAAUCAAAUCAUGGGCAUUUUUUUUUGUUUAUUAAUUGUUCUAGCUUCCAAGUUACCAGAUGUUGUUUGUAUAUAGUAGCCUAUUUAUAAACAGAUAUAAAAGAACAUCAAUAUCAAACCGUGACAGUAACAUCUUUAAAAGUGGUUCUGAACAUGUUUUACCCCAUUUCAAUUAUAUGAUCGACUUGGAGUUAACAUUCCCAAAGUGGUGAUCUGAUGUUUGCUGUUUUAGUCAUCGGUUACUAUAUAUUAACUAACUCUUAACAUCUGUUUAUAUGUUAGCUGGUGAGCUGUUCACAGUUAAUAAAGCAUGUCCAAUUAGUUCUUCAAUGAAACCCCAUGAGUGAAUGUUUAUUUUCAGAUCAGUCCCACAAACUGAAACAGUAUGAUUUUCACUGCAUGCUUCUUUAACUUGCAUCCCAUUUUCUGAGACCCACCACUGAUUAAAUCAAUAACACAGACCCUGUGAAGCACUCUGUUUCUCACUUCUAUAAUAUUACUUUUUCUUCUUUCAAUGAAAUACUGGAGUAUGUAUUGAAAAUAUCUUGAAAAUUUGAGGGGAUUG